AUGGCUUCUUCAUCUCGUCGUCUUAAAAAGGAAUUGGUUGAUAUACAAAAUUCUGAUUCAAAGGCGUUUUGCCAUAUCGAAUACGACGAUAGUAAUUUAUUGCAUUGGACCGGUCUUUUGAUUCCAGAUAAAGAGCCGUAUAAUAAAGGUGCUUUUAAAGUGUCCAUUGAUUUUCCCGUGGAAUAUCCAUUCAAACCACCAAAAAUUACAUUUUUAACAAAAAUUUAUCACCCUAAUGUCGAUGAAAAAGGACAAAUUUGCUUGCCGAUUAUUUCUCCCGAGAAUUGGAAACCUGCAACAAAAACGGAGCAAGUGAUGAAUGCGUUAUUAGGGCUUAUAACAGAACCGGAACCGGAUCAUCCACUUCGCGGCGAUCUUGAGUUGAAAGGUUACGAGGAAAAUAUUGCAGCGAAGUUUAAAGGCAUAGGGAAUAUGCGAACAAUUUUGGUGACAGGUGGAACGGGGCUCGUUGGAAGAGCUAUUCAAAAGAUUGUUACAAACGAAGAAUCAAGGUCAGAUGAAAAUUGGAUUUUUAUUGGUUCAAAAGAAGCUGAUCUUACUGAUAUAGAAUCAGUUCGUAAAAUUUUUCAAAAAUAUCAUCCAACACACAUUAUUCAUUUGGCAGCAAUGGUCGGUGGCCUUUUUCAUAAUCUUCGAAACAAUCUUAAGUUUUUCCUCACAAAUAUGAAAAUAAAUGAGAAUGUUUUGUCAGCUUGCAAUGAAUUCAAUGUUCAAAAAUGUGUUUCUUGUCUUUCGACUUGUAUAUUUCCAGAUAAAACAUCGUAUCCGAUUGAUGAAACCAUGAUUCACAAUGGGCCACCUCAUGAAAGCAAUUUUGGAUAUUCAUACGCUAAGCGAAUGAUUGAUGUAUUAAAUAAAGGAUAUGCUCAAGAAUAUGGGAGAAAAUAUACGGCAGUAAUACCAUGCAACGUUUUCGGGCCUUAUGACAAUUACAACUUGGAAAAUAGUCAUGUUAUUCCAGCAUUUAUUCAUAAAACAUAUCUGGCGAAGAAGAGUAAUACUCCUUUGCAGGCAAUUAAUUUUUGCUUUCAUUAUAAAUAUUCAUAUUUCAUGUUUGGAAGUGGUAAACCUUUGAGACAGUUUAUCUAUUCACUUGAUUUGGCUCGCUUAUUUAUUUGGGUGGUAAGAAAUUAUGAGGAAAUCGACCCUAUAAUAUUAUCAGUUGGAGAAGAAGACGAAGUUUCAAUUAUGGAUGCACUAAAAGCUGUUGUAAAAGCUUUCGAUUUUAAAGGUGAAAUAAUCCAGGAUAUUACAAAAGCAGAUGGCCAAUAUAAAAAAACAGCAUCGAAUGCAAAACUUCGUAAAUAUUUGCCCGAUUUUAAAUUCACCCCUUUUCAAACGGCCAUUGAUGAAUCCGUUCAGUGGUUUAUUGAAAAUUACGAAUCAGCUCGAAAAUAA